UGUCCCGUGACAUUUCUUCUGUCAUUUGCUACGAGUAUUAUUCUCUUUGUGAUAAGCUAAUUUGUUGAAAAUCUUCCUCAGUGAGUGGGAUUAGUGAACAAAAAGACCAAAAGGAAAUUUUCCACGAGCAGCAGAUCCACCGGAAUAGCAAUCACACGAGGAAUGUCCAGUUCAGCACUGAGGCGAUUCUUUGUCUACGGGACCCUCAAGAGGGGUGAGCCCAAUCAUAAAUUGCUGACCAGCCCGGAAAAUGGAGUUGGCAAAUUCGUGGGUCGCGGCGAGACGACAAUCAAAUUUCCUCUGGUCAUUGGCACUCGCUACAACAUUCCAUUUUUGCUGAAUAAACGCAACACGGGGAACUUUGUGAGGGGGGAGAUUUACGAGGUGGAUGACACGAUGGUUGGGAAACUCGAUGAGCUGGAGGGAUAUCCUGAUUUCUAUGAUCGAGAAAUUCAGGAUAUAAAACUCCUGGAUGAGGGAGAAGAAAAAAUUCUCUCUUGUUGGGUGUAUCUUCUGCGAACAUUCCCGGAUCAUCUGCUGAACUUUGAAAUGCUCACGGAGUACCGUGACACGCCCGAGAGGAAAUACUGUGAAGUGUACAAAAGAAAUCCCAACAUCUCAUCCCGAGAUGACAUUGCCUACACCACAAAAUAAUUACGGAUUUCACUUUCAGCUACAAUGAGAGUACUCCGGAUGAUCUUCGCGAUCAUGUUCAGGCUGAUCUGCAAAAGUGAGUUAUGCGUGCGCUUUUCCGUCAUCUGGUUUAUCUAAUUUCUGGAGAUUUUUUUUGUGUAAAAAAAUUCUUGUAACUAAAUUGGCGUGAUAUGUAUGUAAAUAUAUUCUUUUGCGUUGCCAAAA